GCUUGCCUCAGGGCGGUGGCUGCAUGUGCUGUCAUGGUCACGGACGCUGAACGGCUGGUUUUGUCUCACCCGCUCGUUCUCCACACCUCACAUGAUGUAGUGCACGUUUUAAAGAACCUCAGUACCCAGCAUUUAUCUGCGCAGCGUCGCUCUGGAUACGAGUCUAUUCUUUUGGCCACCGAAAACCUUACUGUUAAGCCCUCCUCCUCCUUUGAUUCUCUCGCGCACGCGCUUCAGCGCCUCCUCAAUUCACAGGAUGAUUUUCUUCCUUCUGAAACACACGACUGCAUUUCUAGCAUUCUUUUCGAGACAAGUAUCCGCCCCGACUUACGCUCCACCCCGUUACUUUCAGGUGAUUCGCUGUUUGUGGACGGCUCGUGCUCACGCCCCUCUGACGGCGUUUUCGUGUGUGGUUAUUCUGUGUGCCGCCUUCCUGAUGAAACUGUUGAAGCUUUUUCUCUUCCUUUCUCCUCGGCUCAGGCUGCCGAACUAUACGCUCUAACUCGUGCAUGUGUUAUUGCCCAGGACACAGACGUCACUAUCUACACUGAUUCACGUUACGCUUUCGGCGUUGCUCACGACUUUGGUCGGAUUUGGGCUUCGCGUGGGUUCACCACUGCAGACGGUUUUUGUGUUUCAGAAAGUUGCUGUGACAAUAGCUGACGGCCUUUUCAGGGAUCCCCUUUCCAGCAUCCGGAGUGAUCCGGUUUCGGCUGAUCUACAAAGAGGGGAUGGUCGGUGCGUCCCGCAGACUUCUGAACUGAGGAAUCUGGAAGACACGUGAGCCUGGGCUACCUUCAACUAUCU